AUGCGUGGUUUUUGUGGCGAGAUAAUCACACGCGCAAAGCUCAUCAUCGAUCUGAUUUCUGGACGUGGUUCUUACGGACUGUGUUUUGUUGGCCCAUCGAUCACACCGACAGCGUUCAGGUUGUCGGAUAUUUGGGAUCUUUGGAACGGUUCUAUCUUUUUUGCAACUCCCAAAAAAAGGCGCAGCAUUGGAGUUCGAAGGGACCGAAAGUUUCUCUCUUUUACAAUGGACAAGUACAGACUCAGGAGAGACUUGGUCACUUGCCCGCAUUGUGGGAGUUGGCAUCCUCGAGAGUCGAUUUGUGUUCACUGUUAUGACGAAGUACGGCGAGAAACAAAUGCGCUUCGUGCCAGUUUGAGGUCAGUCCGAGAGGGCCUUCCAUAUGAUCAGGAGACCCAGUUUCUCUAUGACCAGGAGACCUUUGGCAAAGCUGGCGCAUACACUCAUCGUGUCAAUCGAAAACGACCCUCCUGGUUUCCCGCCAAUCUCCUCGGGCUUCCCUCCCCUGACUCGCCCUCCAAGUAG